CCGGGAAAGUAAGCAAUCAUCAUGAAUUGGGUUCUCCUCAGUUUGUUCACACACUGCUUUCUCACUUCAUUCGUCAAUGCUCAGCAAGAAUAUUCAGCAAAUUCAGUGCUGGAUUGCAACAACAAAGAUGAAACAAAGCCCUCUCCGGCUUUCCUUUACGCAUGCAACGGCCGAGAAACCUCUUGCCUGGCGUUUCUGAUCUUCAAAUCUCAACCUCCUUACGAUUCAGUUCCCACCAUUUCAGCUCUCACAUCCUCAAACCCCUUGGAGCUUGCUCGGGCCAACAACGUCGCAAGGCUCACAGUUUUCCCAACAAACAAGGAGGUCAUUGUUCCUGUGAGUUGCUUGUGUUCGGGUCAGUACUAUCAAGCCAACACCACUUUUCUCAUUCUGAACGACAUUGAAACCUAUUUCACAGUAGCAAAUAACACAUACCAGGGAUUAUCAACCUGUGAUUCCCUCAAGCGUGCGAAUUCUCAGGAUGAGAACACAAUGCAGCGUGGCCUUCGGUUGCAAGUGCCUCUUCGAUGUGCUUGUCCUACUCGGAAUCAAACUGCAAAGGGUACAAAGUAUCUACUGACUUACUCAGUUAGCUGGAGUGACUAUGUUCAUGGUCUAGGGGAGAGGUUUAAUGUUACUGCAAAGAGUAUACUUGAUGCUAAUGGUUUUUCAGAGGAAGAUCCGACUAUUUUUCCUUUCACAACAAUUCUGAUUCCUCUCCCAACCGAACCACUAAGUUCACAAACCAUAGUUCACACCCUUGAGCCAGAAAUCUUACCUCCACCUACUUCUAAGGACAGGCACAUCAGACACAGAAGAAAACUUUACGUGGGCAUUGGAUCUGCAGCAGGUGGUUCUCUGCUUGUUAUCGGUGCCAUUCUGUUAGCCAUCUUCUUGUUUCGGAAGAAGAGAACAGAAGGCACUCCUGGGAGGAACGAAGGGAAGAGAAAACCUGUAUUGCCCAAAGACCUCCUUUCUGAAAUUGCUAGCUUUGAUCGAGUCCUCAAAGUGUUUAAAUUCAAGGAACUAGAGAAGGCUACAGGAAAUUUCAGUUUCAGGAGUAGGAUAAAGGGUUCUGUGUACCGUGGGGUGUUCAGCAAGGAAAUCCUAGCAAUUAAGAGAAUGAGUAUAGACGUAUCCAUGGAAGUGAACAUGCUGAGCAAGAUCAACCACUUCAACCUGAUAAAGCUUCAUGGUGUCUGCAAAGAUCGUGGCUAUUUCUACCUCGUUUUUGAGUACAUGAGAAAUGGUUCUCUAAGGGAAUGGCUUCAGAAGAAAAGCUCCAACGAGACAGGAGGCUGGAGUCAGAGGAUUCAGAUUGCCCUGGAUGUUGCUAAUGGGCUUCACUAUCUUCACAACUUCACCAAACCAGCCUAUGUGCACAAGGACAUCAAGAGCAGCAAUGUUCUACUAGAUGGCAGUCUAAGAGCUAAGAUUGCAAAUUUCAGUCUUGCAAGAACAACAGUGAAGGGAUCAAACAAUGCUCCCCAGACAACACGAGUAAUGGGGACAAGAGGUUACAUGGCACCUGAUUAUAUAGAAACGGGGUCAGCAACUCCUAAGAUUGAUGUCUAUGCUUUUGGAGUUGUGAUGCUCGAGUUGAUCACAGGAAAAGAUGCUGUUAUUAUACAGGAAGGCCAGGAAGUGCUACUUUCAGCAGCAAUAGCUUCCAUCGUGGAGGGUGAAAAUGCAGAAACCGAGCUUGGUUGCUUUGUUGAUCCCUGUCUUGGAGAAGAUGAUGGGAUAGAACAUGCAUUGCAGGUGACAAGAUUAAGCUUAACCUGCUUGAGAAGAGAUCCAACAAGCAGACCAAGCAUGGGUGAGAUAGUGUCAACACUGUUGAAAGUUUAUGUUGAUAUACAAAAAUCAGAAUCAUUGUGUUGAAUUUUCUGGAGUGUAGAUUGAUGAAGAGAGUAAGG